GCUAGCGAAGGAGAGGGGAAGGAAACGACAACCUGCAUUGACACCAUCUUGUGUCCUCAUUCCUCUCACAACUUCUUUGAUCCUUGAAGUUCACAGUGAUGUUCCAGGACCAUGCAAACAGAAAAGCAACUUUUAAAUUACUGCUUGUAAUUUAUUCCACAGUGUCUGGGGGAUUUUCAAAUCCUGGACUACCUGGACCAGCAGGUCCUCCUGGGCCUCCUGGACCACCUGGACGCGAUGGUUAUCCAGGACGUCCGGGGGAGCCUGGGUAUCCAGGAGGGUGCACCUGUUCUGAUAGAGGUUUGAAUUUAGAUAGACUUCCUAGUCUCCCUGGCCCAUCUGGCGAAAGAGGACCUCCUGGGAAACCUGGCCCUCCUGGAGAUAGAGGACCUCCUGGGAAUCCUGGCCCAGAUGGAAAACGAGGACCUCCUGGGAUUAUUGGCCCUCCUGGUCGUCCUGGUGAGCCUGGGCUAAUGGGACCUCCAGGAGCACCGGGAGUCUGUGCCUUCUGUGAAGAAGAUGGGAGACACUCUUCAGAUCAAACUGGACUUACAUUUAUUGCCACAGUAGGGUGUGUUCUUGCCAUUCUGGACACAGCUGCCUUAGUUGCUGUUGUUGUUUUCACCGUGAGGAAGAAAGGAAAUGCAGCAGCUAGAGACUCAGCAGCACAGAGCCCUGAUGUGGACCCUCCUGAUGAUACAUACACAGCUCUGAAUCCCAGGACAAGAACACCUGAUUAUGACACUCUUGAUCAUUUUAGGACUCCACCCAGUGUUCGUGGCCGAAACCCUAGAUGAAACGCGCGCCUCUGCGAACUCCAGCUGAUGUUGAUUGAUAACUCCAUACUCUUCCAAAUGGCGUGUGUGUGUGUGUGUGUGUGUGUGUGUGUGUGUGUGUGUCAAAAGUAUUUGUAUAGUUGUUAAAAGUUAUGGAUUAAGUAAAGUGAAGUAUGUUUACCAGCAGAGAUUUCCUUUUUUUUUUUUUUAAAACUUAAAAUUGUAUAUAUUUUCUUAGAAUUUUCUUCCACUUCCAUGAUGGCAGACAAACACACAGACACACUCACAGGCAGACAGAUACACACACACACACACUGGCUGAGCUCUCAUGUACACUGCUGAAUGGUUCCUCAUUGGCCCAACACAUGCCACACAUCACUCAUAUUUACACAACAAAACACAAAAUCCCUGGUUAUGGUUAUAGUUAUUUAGCAGACGCUUUUGUCCAAAGCGACAUACACAAUACAAAUUAAAUUAACAGUGAACAAUUACAAAAUAGGGAGAAUAGCAAUAUUAUCAAUAAAACUGUAUAAAACAAUCAUUAUAAGCACUAACCCAAUGAGAAAUAAAGCAAUGUAGGUAGGUAUAUUUUUUCCUAAUUUGAGACAGGGUCAGAGGUGCAACAGGAUGGAUGGCAUGUGAAGAUGCCGAUAACAGGACUCCAACACUCUCUGCACUGAAGUCAGGGAUGCAUAUUGCAGUGCCCAGAGGCUUUUAGAUUAUGUUUCCUGUUGUAGCAUUUUAGGAAUACACACAGUGCCCGUGCUGAAAGCCCUAGAUAAUUUGUGUGUCUCUGCAAACUCCAGCUCAUGUUUAACCAUAACUGUAUACUCCUCCAGAUGGCAACCGACUGGGACUAACAGCUAUAGACAUUACAAGUUUUCGUCCUAUACUGUACCUCCUAUCUGUACUGCAUGUGCCUUUAAGGCAGGCCUGACAUUUAAUUACCCUCUUUUACCCAUUAAGCAACAUCCUGUCUAUGACCACACAAACGUUGAGGAGGAAGUGCACGUGUAUCUCCUGUGAUCUCUCUCACUUGAUUGGCUCCAAGUGGUUACAUUAGAGUGUACUGACACUAACAACCUUUUAUUAAACUCCUCUCUCUAGGGUCAGUUGAUAUAUAUAUAUAUAUAUA